CAUCGCAGGGUGUGGAGUGGGUGCCGGGCGGAGAAGCGAGACAGCGGGCAACAACAACGGCAAAGCCAGGCUGGUGUGGACGGAACUCUAAUUUAUCUCCACUCCGGAGAGACGCGACGCGUUUCGGAGUAAAAUCAGGCCGGGAGACGGAGGACGCUGAGCGGCAGCGCGGCUCCGGAAUAAUGUAAGGGGAACCGCGGCGGAUCGGGAUGGGAACGAGCUUGACAACAAACCGUAUGUUUGUUUUCUGAACGCGCUGAAAAGUCGUUAUUCGAGGACGGAGGAUUUGACUUCACUUUUCUCUCUCCGCACCAAUCGUCUCAACUCGCAGCUGUCAAGACUUCUGGCGGACCUUUGGACCUGUUUGGAGUGUUUUCUGGUUCCGAAAGGCAGCAGAAGCAGCGGCGACACAUUGCAAGCGAAGCUUCUUCAACUAUUAUACUCGAAGUGUGAGACGGAGUGGUUGGAACCCUUGUGUUGUGUAGGGUGCGCACUUCAACUCACCACCCAUUCCUAGACCAGACCCCAUUUUGGAAAGGACACGUCUUUUUCCCCCCUGGUUAAAACAUCAACAACAACAACGACAAUAGUACGUUUUGUGCCUGUAAACCAAGACUUGCACUUUAGCACUUUUGCUUCGUCCUUGUUGGUGCAUGCACGUCUUUUGUUCCUACGGAUGCAUCCCUGUCACUAGCAGUUUUUGACUAGGUUUGUAAUUGUUGUGGUUCCGAGCACCUUUUGACCCGCGCAAAGCUUUCGGAUCUUCUCUGCACAUCUCCAGACUCUGAGGUAGUUCAUUUAUUUACAAGUAGCCGUGUGCGUGCGUGCAUCUCACUUUUUUAAAACACUGUUGUUGUUAUCGUUCAGUUUUUGGAGUCGGGGUUCCACCUUUCCCAUUGGAAUUGCUGCUGCGCCCUCUCUGCCACACCAGGAAUAAGCUACAAGGUUAAAAAGCGAAGAAAAGAAAAUAAAAGAAAAGAAAAGAGGGCAACCAAAUAGUAGUUGCCCUGCACCUGUCCAUUUCACUGACUGCUUCACUGUAGGAUACUGGGAUACGCAGACAGAACCCAAGAAGCCCUCGCUAUUUUUAGAGAUAGUGAUGGGGUAAAUGGUGUUGGAACUGAAGACCCCCCAACCCCCACCCUCAGCCCACCAGCACACCCGGGUUUAGCUCUGGUCCUCGCUGCCAGCUGCUGAAUUCUCCGUACUGGAAAAACUCAAGUGGGACUUUGCUUCUGCUUCCACCAGCCUCCUCGUCCUUGUCUUACAAAUUUAGCCCCUUCAGCUGGACGGAAUCUUCUCUACUUCGGUGGACAAUGAAACUAGAUAGUGUACAAGUUAAGCAAGCAAGCAAACUUUAGUAACCAAAUAAUUUCAUCCCCAUAUAAACAGAGAGAGAUCUAUAUAUGUAACAGAGUCUAUAUAAUACAGAUAUAUAUUGCAGAUUAGUAGUUUGAAUAUGUAUAUUCUAUUUUUUAAUGCUUAAAGUGAGCGUUGUUGCCUGAAACCCAAUCCAUUGCCUUAUAUUUACAGUAAUAAAGGGAAUAGCAAGGACUUGGUAAAUACAACAGUUUUGGAAGUAACUUAAUGGUGCCUUUUUCGUUUGUCAGUCUCGUCACUUCAGGAUUUCACUAGAAAUAUUUUUGUGGUUGACUUAAGUUUAAAUUCUUAGAUAUCUAUAGCUCUAUAUAUAUACAUAGAUAAGAAUAUAAUUAAUAAUAAAAAUAUAUAUAUAUGUUACUGCCUUCAUGGCUCACACUUGAGUUUGAUUGCCAUUGGAUGUACCCUACCCAGCUCUAUUGAAGACUCACGAUUGAAGCAUGUGGAAAGGAUUAUAUUGUACUAGAUGUCAUCAACUUUUUCCAAAGUGAUUUUUUGAACACCCACCACCCCACCAAUCCCCACCAACAAACUUGAUUGAUGUAAUUCUUUGAAGAUCACGGCUCAACACUAAAGCAUUUCCGAUGGUGAUCACUUCAUCCGUGGAGGAGAAGCCACAGCCUUCCAACAGAAUGGUCGCCAACCUGUCGACCGAAACUUGGAUUGGCAACCCAGAACAGAGUCACUACAUACCGCAGUCUCACCUGCUCCGGAAGCCGUCGAGAAGUGGAAGCAGCUCAGGAUGCAAGCCCCCCACCUCCUCUUCCCUCUGCCAGCCUGCUCCCGGCUACUCCCCCGCUGAGCUCACCAUGACCAGCCAGCACACACACCCCCCCUUCACCAACAUCCAGUCCAUGGCUGAACAGCAGCAGGUGCUGUCUGAUAUGACCAUACUGCAGAGGAGGAUCCCCCCGAGUUUCAGAGACCCCGCCAGCGCCCCGCUGAGGAAGCUCUCCGUCGACCUCAUCAAGACUUACAAGCACAUCAAUGAGGUGUACUAUACGAAGAAGAAGCGGCGAGCGCAGCAGGUUCCCCCGGAGGACUCCAGCACCAAAAAGGAGCGCAAGGUUUACAACGACGGCUACGACGACGACAACUACGACUACAUCGUGAAGAACGGGGAAAAGUGGCUGGACCGCUACGAGAUCGACUCGCUAAUUGGCAAGGGCUCCUUCGGACAGGUGGUGAAAGCCUACGACCACCACGAGCAGGAGUGGGUGGCCAUCAAAAUCAUCAAAAACAAGAAAGCCUUCCUGAACCAGGCCCAGAUCGAGCUGAGGCUUCUAGAACUCAUGAACAAACACGACACCGAGAUGAAGUACUAUAUAGUCCACCUGAAAAGGCACUUCAUGUUCCGGAACCAUCUCUGCCUGGUGUUCGAGCUCCUCUCCUACAACCUGUACGAUCUCCUCCGCAACACCAACUUCCGGGGCGUCUCGCUCAACCUGACGCGGAAGUUUGCGCAGCAGCUGUGCACGGCGCUGCUGUUCCUGGCCACGCCGGAGCUCAGCAUCAUCCACUGCGACCUCAAGCCCGAGAACAUCCUGCUGUGCAACCCCAAACGCAGCGCCAUCAAAAUCGUCGACUUCGGCAGCUCCUGUCAGCUCGGCCAGAGGAUUUACCAGUACAUCCAGAGUCGGUUCUACCGCUCCCCUGAGGUGUUGCUAGGCAUGCCCUACGACCUGGCUAUAGACAUGUGGUCACUCGGAUGCAUCCUGGUGGAGAUGCACACAGGAGAACCCCUGUUCAGCGGCUCCAAUGAGGUGGAUCAGAUGAAUAAAAUAGUGGAGGUUCUUGGGGUUCCCCCGAACCACAUGCUGGAUCAGGCCCCCAAAGCACGCAAAUACUUUGAUAAGCUCUCUGACGGCCUGUGGACCGUCAAGAAGAACAAGGACAUAAAGAAGGUACUAUAUCCUUCAGCCUCUGAGUAUAAGGCUCCAGCGACGAGGCGGCUGCACGAGAUCCUGGGGGUGGAAACCGGGGGUCCUGGGGGGAGGCGGGCCGGCGAGCAAGGCCACGCCCCCUGCGACUACCUGAAAUUUAAGGACCUAAUCCUGCGCAUGCUGGACUACGACCCGAAGACCCGCAUCACGCCGUUUUACGCCCUGCAGCACAACUUCUUCAAAAAGACGACGGACGAGGGCACCAAUACCAGCAGCUCCACCUCAACGAGCCCAGCCAUGGACCACAGCCACUCCACCUCCACCACCAGCUCUGUCUCCAGCUCCGGUGGAUCUAGCGGUUCUUCCAAUGACAACCGAAAUUACCGGUACAGCAACCGGUACUACAACAGCGCCGUCACUCACACGGACUACGAGAUGCAGAGCCCACAGGCGCCGUCUCAGCAGCAGUUGCGGAUCUGGCCGGGCGGCGAGGGCGGUCUGAACAGCAGCGGCGACGCCCCGUACCCGCAGCUCCUCCUGCACAAGCCGGCCGCCUCGCAGCACUCACGCCACUUCCUCGGCAACGUGGGGGGCAUGAUGGACCCCCCCCACCACCCCCACCCGGUGUACGGCGGGGGGCACCACGGCAACGGCCGGCCGCUCCGGCAGCAGCAGCAGCAGAGCCAGGCCCAGGGCCAGACUCCACAGGGCCCGCAGGGUCAGGCGCUGAUGCCGGUCUCGUCGCCGCAGAUGCAGGACAGCAUCGAGCUGAGCCUCACGCACCACCACCACCUGGCCCAGUCUUCCAUCGUGCAGCCGCCGCCGUCGAGUUUGGACUCCAGUCAGUACGGCUCCUCCAACAUCCACCUGGGCCUCUCCGCCUUUCGGACUAGAGCGGCCUUGGCCCCGCCCCCCCAGCCUCCCACGGCCUCCUCGCAGCAGCAGCUGGCCCAAGCCCCGGCCGCUCAGGACAGCAUGGUGCCUGCCUCCGGCCUGGGCUACAUCCCGCCCUGUUACCCGGGCAACAACAAUAACAACCCGCCGCCGCAGGGCAGCGGGAUGCUCACCGGCGCCCCACCCAGGGGGGGAGGAGCCGGGGUGGUGCGGCCGGAUUCGGAUGAGUCCAUCAUGAUGGGCGUGUGCGGGAGCGGCGGGGGCGGCGGCCAGAGCGCGGCCAACUCUUGAUAAAUCUUGAACAAAUUCCAAAAGCCAUACAGAAAAAAAAAGAAUUUUAACGAAAAUGAUUAAAAACACACACACACACAUGCGACAAACAGCGCAUACACACACACACACACGUACAUGUAGUACACACACAUACACACACACACACGGCCACACGACAGAGAAAAAAACUUGUGAAAUAUCAAAGCAUUAUUUUGUUUUUGUUUAGUUUUUUUUGUUUUGUUCUGUUUUGCAUUUUGCAUGGGGUCGUGGAGGGAAGAUUUAACCUUAUUUUCUUUGUCAGAUUUUUUUCGAAGGAGACGGAGAGAGAGAGAGAGAGAGAGAGAGAGAGAGAGGUUCAGAAAGAUUCAGAACGUUUGUUUUUAUUGUUAUUCUAUUAUAUUAUUAUUAAUAUUAUUAUUGGAUUUUAUGUGAUUUAAGAAUAGGUUUGCAGCGAGAGAUUGUUUUUUUUUGUUUGUUUUUUCUCGUUAGUUUUUGUUUCUUUUUUGUUUCUUUUUUUUUUUUCGUUUUCGUGGCGAGGCUCCGCCCCCGCCCCCUCCCCCCACAGGUGAGUAGGGAUGGGAUUUGAAUGUGAGAGAGGUAGGGAAGCAGCAGCAGCAGAAGAAGAAGAAGAAGAGAGGGAGAGAAGAUUAUCCAGUAUGAAAAUCGUUUAGAAUUUUUUUUUUUUUCGUUUGUUUAAAUGUAUGUUUAAUUUAUUAAGAAUCACUACCGAAGGAGAGAGAGAGAGAGGUGGAGAUCAGAGAGAGAGAAAAAGAGCGAGAGGGCGAAAGAGGUGUGUUUUUUUUUAUUUUAUUUUUUUUCGCUUUGUUCCACUUUAUUUUCUCAGAUUUAUUUAUUCAAUGUUUAUUUUAUUUAUACAGGUUUGUUUUUUAUUUCGUUAACGAGGGAAAAUGGCACUCACUCAUCAUACACACACCACAGACAAACAAACAGACAAACAAACAGACAAAACAAGCAAACACAACGGGAUUGAGUUGUUUUUUCAUUUUGACUUUCUCUCUCACCCCUGUGACUUACACACAAACACUUUUGUUACUGUUUAUUUUUUGUUUUCCUUUUGUUUGUUUGUUCGUUCGUCUGUUUUGUUCUAUUUUUUUUUUUUUUAAUGUUUCUUUUCUUUAGUUUUUUUCCUCGCUUGACACACUGGCUUAUAUAUCUCAAACUAUGAAACAAAUCUUACGAAUAAAAUAAAGCAAAUGACAAAAAAAAAAAAACAUACAAACGAAACCGUAGUCGCACCGCGGUGAGAAUACCGACGCGAGGAGGAGGCGGAACCUUUUUUUUGCCGAGGCGAGCCGCCCUGAAAGUGAAGAGGGGGGACCUUUUAGCUAAUCUUUACAGAAAAAGGAGGAAGUGAGAAAAAACACCACGACAAAACACUCGGCCAGAAGGAAAAACCAAAAUGCUUCCCUGAUGUUUUUUUUUUUCUUAUUUUCUUUUCUCAGUUUUUAUUUUGCUUUCGUUUGAUUUGGUUUUUUUUUUUUUUUUUUCAGAAACGAGAAAAAAAUUGUCUGCCUUCUUCACCAUCUUUACCAUCUGUUCUUUCUCUCUGUCUCUCUUUAUCUCUGUCUCUCGACCUUCCUCUUUUUAUGUUUGGUUGUUUCGUUUCAGACGAUGAAAACAAAAAGAAAUGCAUUUUUGUAUUGAUAUCAGUAUGGUUAUUAUUAUUAUAAUUAACUAUGGAUAUGCUAAGCCAAAUCUCACAUCGCUCUUUUUCUCUCUUUUCCUGCUUUCUCUUUCUCUCUCUCUCACUCACUCCUGCUUUUUUCGUUUUUCGUUUUGUUUUAUUUAUUUUUUUCGUUUCGCUUUUCUUCCUGGCCCCAUUAUUUGUGUUGGAAGGAAGAGGAGAUGGGCGAGAAAAUCAGGAGGACAGCGCCCUCCUGCUCUAACCUAACCCCUGAUCUCUCUCUUUAUCUCUCUAUCUCUCUCUCUGUCUAUCUGUCUAUCUAUCUAUCUAUCUCUCUCGCCCUCGUCUUUCCUCCCCCUUCCUCCUUCCUCCUCUGCAACACUCUGUGAGUGCUGUUUUGCCAUCGAGUCCAAAAAGAAACGAAAAAAGGAAAAAAAAAGUGAACUACUUCUCUCUCGGCUGCUAUCUCUCCACUCUCAACCAUGUUCGGAUUGCUGCUAAAGAAAACAAACAGAUAAAUAAAUAAAAUAAAUGAAUAAAAAAAA